GUGACAGUCUAUUUUGAUCGUGCUAGGGGCGAGAUAAGGUUUGGUUCUUUGAUGGCCAUGAAUGAACUUUGCACCCUGCAACAGUUUUACACACAGGUGGAGUCCUCUCGCUCACCUGCUCGUUCAGGAAAUGGCAAAUUGCAGUGAAACGGAUAGCAACUUUUUGGAGAUACUUUUCAGGAUUUUAAUAACAUGGACAUUAAUUAUUGCAUCUGGCUAAUGCUGUGUACAUCCGGAGUGAUGGGACAGUUCCAGGUGGAUCCUCUCGUUGCCACGGUUCUGACAGGCUCUGACGCACAAUUCACUGCAAUGGUCCAGGGAACGUGGGCAAUCAUGACGUGGACCGUCAAAGGUUUUCUGGUCCUCACUGUUACCAGAAGUGGUAACGUAACUUCGUCCUCCAAACAGUUUUCUGCCUCGUUCUGCUCCAGCGUGGACACCGGCUGUGUGGUGUUUACCAUCCACAACGUCACUCGUGCAGAAGCUGGUCCGGUCACCUGCACCGUUCAGGGAGACUACGGAUCCAAGACUGUACAGCUGCAGGUACAAGAGAGCGGAACAGUUCAGAUCAAGGAAGGGAACAUGACAGUAGUUCAGGACCAGGGGGUUGAGAUCCACUGCGAGACAUCAGCUUGGUUCCCGAUACCUAAGAUCAGUUGGACCCUGAAUGGUGACACAAUAGACAGUGGUCCAAUAAACAGCACAAACGUGGCCCAAGGAGAUUCCUUCAAUUCCUCCAGUGUACUCAAGUUCCAAGCUGUCAAAGAUUCUACAUUGGUGUGUUGGGCAACACUACAGACGCUCACAAACCCACUCGCCAGCUCUGUCCAUGUUUUGGUUGUACCCAAGCCUCCAGACAGGACUGUGCUGAUUGCUGUGGUUUGCUCCUUUGGAGGUUUGGCUCUGCUGGCUUUACUGAUCCUUGGGAUCAUGUUUUGCUACAAACGCAGGAAAGAGAAAGAAUCCAACUACCAAGACGAGAUGACCAAGAGAGUGAGGACACAAAGCCAGCUGAGUGGUUUGAGGCCUCCUGGACAGAAACAAGGCGCAGUCAAUGCAGGUUAUGUGAAAGAUGGCCAAACAAGUGUUGCCAAAAGUGACCUAACAGACAGUGGCUUCUUUCAGAGAACCAGUUCCAACAUUUUUGAGAUGCCUAAUUCUGCAUAUAAUGACCAUAUGGAAAAUGGUUCCAGAAGCACCUACAACACUGUGGAUGAUGACUUGACAAAACAUAGACAUGCUACCAUUGUGUAAAUACCGCUGACACCUUGGAACACCCGAAGAGUUGGACUCUCGGACCAAACACUGAAACACUUCUGAGCUCUACACUGUUUCUUAAAAUGUUUUUCAGUGCAUGUGAAGGUCUGCAUGGAUGUUAUUGGUAUGAAACUGGAUUUUGAUGAAUUAAUGUAUAUGACAUUGAUUGUACUUAAUGUCUAUGAAGGUUCUCAUUCAUCCAGGUCAUUGUAAUCUUAGGGCAUUCAAUCAAUCCCGACUGCACUGUUUGGUUUGUCUUAUAACACAUUUUGCCCCUCAGCCGAGUAGCUCAGUCUAAGACUGUAUCUGACCAAUCUAAGUCUAGGACUAUAUCUGACCAAUCUAAUUCUAUGAGCAUGAACUGUUGAAUCCUACUCGGCUUAUAUAUAUAUAUAUAUAUAUAUAUAUAUAUAUAU